UACUAACACACAUACACUCACUCGCAGUCAGUCAGUCAUCAACCCAUUCAACUCCCUCCCAGCCACGGGUCAGCAGCUCAGGCACCUUGUUCCACCCCAGCUGGAACGAGCAGACCAUCGCAAGGUGCACGAACACACAUAAACAAACACAUAAGCAUCAUCCUUCAGGACUUUCAUCUUUGGAACGAGAAGGCGGAGAGUGGACAAGUGAUCAAGGAGGGUGGAACUUUCAUCAAAUGAAGAUAUGUGAAAGGAGUGGACACAUCCAGACGAGAAGAUAACGAUGACCUCUGGAGGAACUUUGACAAGGUUUUUCCAGUAGGAAGUUCUUCUGUUACCCCAGUCAGAGAUCACCAUCCAGGGGGUCUGCUGUGAGUGGCUCCCCUGUCUGUUCAGGACUUGCUCACAGGGACGUCUCCCACCCAUCAGCAUGCCUACAGCUUGCACAUUAAGGUGCCCCCUGGGAGUGUGACCCACCAUGUGCAGAUGGACGCCAUCCGUUGCUCACCUCCAUCCGCCUGAACACGCAGCCUUUACCAGGCGACAGCCUCUCCCGACGCCCGGUGUGGCCACCUUCUGCUUGGCAUGCCUGGCCUUGCUACUGGCUGGCACCGGUGCCGCCUCAGGGGCCUGCCCUCCCGGGUUAGGGCGUGAGCCCCUCCAGGUUUUGACGAACUGUUCGUGGACGCUGGAGAGGCACACGAGAAGUUAUAAUCAUCUGGAGGGCGACGUGCGACUGCGGCGGCUUUACUCGGCCAACAAGUUCUUCCUGUGCAUUGAUAAAACGGGCAAGGUGGAUGGCACGCGCCGGAAAAACUACGCAGACAGUCUGAUGGAAAUCCGAUCUGUCAGUGUGGGAGUAGUCGCCAUCAAGUCUGUCAGCACUGGGCUGUACUUAGCUAUGUCCAAGAAAGGCACGCUCUUCGGAUCGGUCAAGUAUAACCCCAGCUGCAAGUUCAAGGAGCGCAUCGAAGAGAACGGCUACAACACGUACGCUUCGCUGCGGUGGAAACACGGUGGCAGGCAGAUGUUCGUCUCGCUGAACGGGCGGGGAAAGCCACGACGAGGCCACAAAGCCAGACGAAGACACCCGUCCACUCACUUCCUGCCUAUGCUGCCUUCCUAGCGGCCCACCGGACGUCUUCAUCACCCACCCCUGCUGUCACAUGUGUACAUUUGAUCAGAUUUGUGACAUUUAUUUGUAGAGCUAGUUUGUGCUUUUAAGUUAUUUUCACCAGGUUGAAAAGACUGACAGUAGAGCGGUACUAUCCUCAGGCAUGUACAGUAUGUGUGUGAGUCAACAGGAUCUCCCAUUGGUGAACUGAAAAGCCUGGUUUUCAUUGAACUUUAUACAAGUCUCACUGCUGCCUCGGAUAC